CAUGGCGUCGCGCAACCUGCUCUCCGGCGCCCUGCCCUCCGCCCUUCAAACCUCAGCUUCCCUGGAACAACUGCACCUGGAGGGCAACGGGCUUGCAGGGUCUCUACCGGACUUCUCUCGCUGGAACACGUCUCUCACUGCUCUGUUCCUAGCAGGCAACAACCUCACGGGCCAUAUCCCCCCCUCCAUCUCCACCCUCACCUCCCUCCUCAUCCUUAGCCUGCACAACAAUCAGUUGGAUGGACCCUUCCCAACCAGCCUCCUCUCCAUCACCUCCCUCGAGUCCUUGCUGCUGGCGCGCAACAGCAUUCAGGGCACCCUCCCAGACAGCCUGGGCCAACUCUCUUCCCUGCGCCACCUCUGGUUGAGUCACAAUAAUCUCACAGGGAAGCUUCCGUCCUCCUUCUGUAACCUGUCCCGUUUAGAAAUCCUGUACCUGAGCAGCAACAGCUUUUACGGCCCCAUCCCCGAUUGUCUCUUCAGGGCCUUCCCCUGCCUCAACAGACUGGACGUGAGUCACAACAGCUUCUACGGGCGAAUCAACCGCAACUUUGAGGGCAUAGUGCCCACAGCAGGGGCCCUCCUCAACCUCGCCCACAACUUCUUCUACGGCGACCCCGUGCUCUUCGCCAGUGGCUGCCAGUUCUGCCCAUCAGAAAUCGCGGCGGAGAGCGUGGUGGAGCCCGGGGAUCUGAGCGUACAAGCCGGAGGGAACUGCGUCGUGCAGUCAGAGGCGGGCAGAGCACCACUGGUGGUGGCACGGCAGUACGAGAGGGGGCAGGCCAGCCUGGCAAACAACUGCUUCCAGCCCACCGCCCCCCUCUCCUGCCCCGCCACUCCCUACUCCAACCCCAACACCCCUCCCAACUCCUCCACUUCCUCCUCCAUUUCCUCCUCCUCCCCAUCCUCCUCCUCCACCUCACCCACAUUCUCCCAGCGCACGCCAGCGGCAUGCAGGGCGUUCUGCAGCAUCACGGACAACGGCCCUUGUGACGGCCAUGGGGCCUGUGUGCCGCCCCCCCAGGGAGGGGACUCUUCUCAGGGCUCAACGGCCAACUUCUCGUGCCAGUGUGACGUGGGGUACAGUGCGUUUGACAGUGGUAACGGGUCGACGUGCGUCAUACUCACCACCACCACGGUCCCUGGUCCAGGUGGGUGGGUCUCUUCACAGCAAAAAUAA